AUGGAGGAGAAUAUGCUCGAGUUGGACUGCACGGUGAUUACCCCGGAGUUGGUCCUCAAGACGAGCGGACAUGUGGACAAGUUUGCGGAUUGGAUGUGCAAGGAGAGGUUUGUCAUUGCCCGACCUAUCUUUGCGCGGAUUGAGCGUGACACCAAAAAGCUGACCAAAAACUCCGCCAAAUUGGACGGGGGCCCUGCCGCGGAUGCCUACGAUUUGACUGUCCACUUGGCCUACACUGGGUCCCCUUUGAUCGUCAAGGAGGCUCUCUCAGAGCCAGUUAAGGUGGAGGGGUGGCAGGCUACCCUUGACAAGAAGCUCAUCGGCCCGCGGUUCAAGAAGGAUGCCAAGGUCAUCCAGAGUACAGUGGAAGCUCUAGAUCAGCCUACUCUGGAGCGUCUGGCUUCAGAGAUUGCGGAGAAGGGUAUUGUGUCUAUCGACACUCCGGCGCUUGGUGAUGGACGGACAUCUGUGGAGUUGUCGAAGGAACUCUUGACCAUCGCCAAGGUUACCCGCGUCCAGAACACACGGGUGUACACCCCCAACGUUAUUGAGCCGUCGUUUGGCAUUGGGAGAAUCCUCUAUUGUGUGUUGAAACAGACGUAUUGGCAUAGGCCUGGUGAUGAGGCCCGCGCAUUCUUGUCUCUUCCCUUUGGUGUAGCCCCCAACAAGUUAUCCGCCCGCCUUCGUUCUCUGGGGAUUUCCAACAAUGCGGACUCGUCGAGUGCCUCUAUUGGCAAGAGAUAUGCCCGGGAUGACGAAUUGGGCACGCCCCUCGGUAUCACGAUCGACUUUGACACCGUGAAGGAUGGGUCGGUAAGAUUGAGGGACAGGGACUCGACGUCUCAAGUCAGGGCUUCGGAGGACGGGGUCGUUCAGGCUAUCAAGAAUAUGGUGAACGGCAUGGAGACUUGGGAGGAGGUUUCGAAGAGGCUGCCGGCAUUUGUUGGUCAGGCGGAGUAG